ACACAGAUGGCUUUUUUAGACUUGAGGCCCAUCAUUCUGCUGCAAUGUUGAGCAUUAGGGGUAAAGCUCUACUCCUGUUGUUGUAUAUCUCGUACCAGGCAGAAACAGAAGCCUCAAUCUGCUAGAUUUUUGUCUUUGUUGAGAGACGUAGCAUCUUCGCUUGAAUAAAAUGAGCGUACCACUUUCUUCAUCCAAACAAUCCACAGUUUUCCUCCUCCGCCUGUGUCUGCUCAAACCCCAAACAUCCGCAAUCCCUUACUACCCCCUCCACCGCCACCUCUCUACCGAACCCAAUCCACCACCACAAGACGAGGAAUCGUUGAUAAACGAGGCAGUCCAACUCUUCCAAGUCUUAGAAGAUGGGAACUCCAGCUCUACCCAACUUCACCAGCUCCUCUUUUCCUCUUCUUCUCCUUCCUCUCCUGGUAUUUUUCGCCAAAUCACUCGUCGAUUGGCCUCUUCUUCCCAAGCCCUCGAGUUCUUCGACUACAUCCGAUCAAAUUCGCCUUCACGAGAGUUAACAUCAUUGUCCUUCACGUUCCAGGCCAUCUUCGAGCUCGCUAGCCGCGAACCUGAUCCGCAGAACAAGCUGUUAGAGCUUUAUAGGACGUCCAAAGAGCGGAAUAUCCCGCUUACAGUUAACGGCGCAACACUUCUUGUUCGUUGCUUGGGAAGGGCCGAAAGGGUGGACGAGGCGCUGGCUGUAGUUGACGAGCUAGACCCGUCUCUCAAAAACACGCACUUUUACAAUGUGGUGGUUGCUCUGCUAUUCAGAUCAGGGCGCAUCGUCAAGGCUCUUAACAUGCUUGAUGAAAUGCUUCAACCAGGUGCGGACUGUCCGCCAAAUGAUAUUACAGGUGAUGUUGUUUUUGCUGCAUUGUCGAGAAGGGAGUGGUGUGGAAGAAGUAUUAGUGACAAGGAGAUUGUUGGGUUGGUGUCAAAAUUACUUCAACAAGGUGUGUUUCCAGAUACCUUUAAACUUACGCAAUUGAUUACCAAGUUGUGCAGGAAAAAGAUGAUAGGUCUUGCUUGGGAUGUUUUACAUGACGUGAUGAAGGCUGGUGGUACUCUGGAAGCCGCUUCUUGCAAUGCACUUUUGACGGGGUUGGGAAGGGAUGGGGAUUUUGAAAGGAUGAAUACGCUCAUGACCGAGAUGAAAGAGAUGGAUAUUCAACCAAAUGUGGUAACUUUUGGGAUCCUUAUUAAUCAUAUGUGCAAGUCUCGGAGGGUCGAUGAGGCACUGGAGGUUUUUGAGAAAAUGAAAGGAGUGAGUGGGUUGUCUGUUGAACCUGAUGUAAUCACAUAUAAUACUUUGAUUGAUGGACUUUGUAAAGUUGGGAGGCAAGAAGAAGGGUUGACUUUGAUGGACCAGAUGAGAUCUGAAAAUAAAUGUAUGCCAAAUACUGUUACCUAUAAUUGCUUGAUUGAUGGGUUCUGCAAAGCUGGCGAAAUUGAGAGGGCACAAGAACUCUUUGAUCAGAUGAACAAGGAAAGAGUAUUUCCUAAUGUAAUCACCCUUAAUACUUUGGUUGAUGGUAUGUGCAGACAUGGGAGGAUCACUAGUGCAGUUCAGUUCUUCGAUGAAAUGAGAAGUAAAGGUCUGAAAGGCAAUGCUGUGACGUUUACAACCUUGAUUAAAGCUUUUUGUAAUGUUAACAAUAUUGAUAAAGCAAUGGAACUUUUCAGUCAAAUGUCGAAGGAUGGAUGCUCCCCUGAUGCAAUUGUUUAUUAUACAUUGAUUUCUGGUUUGAGCCAAGCUGGAAGGAUGGAUGAUGCCAGCUCUGUCGUAUCAAUGUUGAAAGAAGCUGGAUUCUGCCUUGACAUUGUGUGCUACAAUGUUCUCAUUGGUGGGUUCUGUAGGAAGAACAAAUUGGAUAAAGCUUAUGAGAUGCUCAAAGAAAUGGAGCAAGCUGGAGUUAAGUCUGAUAGUGUCACAUAUAACACCUUGAUUUCCUAUUUGAGCAAAACUGGAAACUUCGCAACCGCUCAUAGAGUUAUGAGAAUGAUGAUUAAGGACGGUCUUGUGCCCACAGUUGUCACUUAUGGAGCACUGAUACACGCAUACUGCUUAAAUGGCAAAAUUGAAGAAGCAAUGAAGAUUUUCAGGGAUAUGAGCUCUUCGUCAAAGGUUCCUCCCAACAAUGUAAUAUACAAUAUUCUCAUUGAUUCUCUUUGCAAAAAGAAUGAAGUAGAGCUUGCUCUUUCUCUGAUGGAAGAAAUGAAAGCUAAGGGGGUAAGUCCUAAUGUUACCACAUAUAAUGCUAUGUUAAAAGGUCUGCGAGAAAAUAAUUUAUUGGAGAAAGCAUUUGACCUCAUGGACAGAAUGGUUGAACAGGCAUGUAAUCCUGAUUACAUAACCAUGGAGGUACUAACCGAAUGGCUUCCUGCAGUAGGUGAAACGGGAAAGUUGAAAAAUUUUGUUCAAGGAUACGAAGUUUCUGUUUCUACUGCAUAGGAUGGCCGUAGUAUCUGGAGGAUGGGAAUAAUUUGAAAUGCAUCUGUUGUCAUACGUGGAAGAAAAUACGAUGUAGUCCAAUGUUCUGGCCAAAAUGUGUUCUGGUUGGAACUGUUCCAUCCUUUCCAUGUCGAACAAACCAAAUAAAAAGGUAGAUGCAUUCCAUAUCCGUGUUGAUGAGUUAUACUCAAUUGAGUUAUUUGUAUGUGUCAAGUUUCCGACUUAGACAACAAAGAUAAUUUUGCGACACUUAUUGUUGAUUGCGUGGUUAUAAUUGUGUUAAGGAGAUCAUAUAAAUAAUUAAGUCUACUUUUUUUCGAUCA